AGAGAAAGAGAAAGAGGAGGAGAAGAAGAGAAGAGAGAGAAGCUAAGAAGAGAGAAGCGAGAAAAGAGAAGAAGAGAAGAGAGAGAGAGAAGAAAAAGGAGGGAGACGAGAGAGAAAAAGAGAGCAGAGAAGAAAGAGCGAAAAGAGAGAGAAAAGAAAAGGAAACGAGAGAAAGAUGAGGAAGAGAGAAGAAGAGAAGACAGAGAGAGAAGAGAAGAGAAAGAAGAAGAGAAAAGAGAGAAAAAAGAGAGAGGAAAGAAGAGAAGGGAUGAGAAUAGAGGAAAAGAGAGAAGGGAGAGGAGAGAAAGAAAAGAGAGAGAGAGAGAGAGAAGAGAAGAAAGAGAGGAGAGAGAGAGAAAGAAGAGAGAGAAGAGAGAGAAGAGAGAAAAGAAGAAGAGAGAGAGAAGAGAGAAGAGAGAAGAGAGAGAGAAGAGGAAGAGAGAAGAGAGAGAGAAGAAGAGAGAGAGAAGAGAGAGAAGAGGAGAGAAGAAAAGAGGAGAGAGUAGAGAAAAAGAGAGAAGAGAAGAGAAGAAGAAGAGAAGAGAGAGAUAGGAAGAAAACGAAGAGGGGAGAGAGAGAGAAGAAAAGAAGGAAAGAGUGAAAAAAGAAAAAAGAGAAAAAAAGAAGAGAAAGAAUGAAAAAAAGAGAAACAGGGAAAGAAAAAAAGAAGAAAAAGAGCGAAAAAAAGAGAAAAAAAGGAAGAGAACAAAAGAGAAGAAAGAAGAGAAGAAGAAGAGGAAGAGAGAGAGAGAAAGAGAGAGAAAGAUGAGAGAAGAGAGGAGAGGAAAGAGAGAGAGAGAGAGAGAAAAAGAGAAAAGAGAGAGAAAAAGAGAGAAGAAAGAAGAAGAGAGAGAGAGAAAAGAUAGAAGAAGAGAGAAGAGAAGAGUAGAAUGAGAGAGAGAGGAGAGAGGAAAGAAGAGAAAGAGAGAAACGAGAAGAGAAGAAGAAGGAGGAAAAAGAAAGGAAAAAGAAGAGAGCGAAAGAAAGAGGAGAAGUAGAGAGAGAGAGAAGAAGAAAGAAAAGAGAAGAAGGAAAGAGAGAAAGAAGAGGGAGAGAGAAAGGAAGAAGAGAAUAGAGGAGAAGAAAAAAGAGAGAGAGAGAAGGAGAGAAGAAGAAGGAGAGGAGAAAAGAGAGGAGAGAGAGGAGAGAGAAGAAGAAAAGAAGAGAGGAAGAGAAGAAGAAGAAGAGAGAGAGAGAGGAGAAGAAGAGAGAAGAAAAGACGAGAGAGAAGAGAAAAGAAGAGAAGCAGAGAAAGAAGAAGAGGAAGAGAGCAGAAUGAAAAGAGGAGGAAAAAGAGAGAAAAGAAGAGAAGAGAGAGAAAGAGGAGAAAGGAGAGAAGAGAAGAGAGAGAGAGAGAGAACUAAAGAGAAGGAAGAGAAAGAAGGAAAGAGAGAAGAAGAAAGAAGAAGAGGAGAGAAAAAAGAGAAAGAGAGAAAAAAAAGGAUAGAAGAGAGAAGAGAAGAGAAGAGAGAUGAGGAAGGAGAGAGAGAGAGAGAGAAUAGAGAAGAGAGAAGAAGAAGAGAGAGGAAGGAGAGAGAGAGAGAAGCGAAAAGAGAGAAGAAAAGGAAAGAGAAAGAAGAGCGAGAUAAAGAGAGAAAGAGAGAAGAGAGAGAUAGAGAGAAGAGUAGAGAAAAAAGAGAGAGAGAGAGAAAGAGAAAGAGAAAAAAAGAAGAAGAAGGAAGGAAUACAGAAGAAGAGAAAGCAGAGAGAGAGAAAAGGAGAAAGGAGAGAAAGAAGAGAGAAGAGAGAGAGGAGAAGAGAAAGAAGAAGAGAGAAGAGAAGGAAGGAGAGAGCAGAGAUAGGAGAGAGAAAAUAGAAGAUAAAGAAGAGAGGAGAGAGAAGCAGGAGAUGAGAAGAGAGAGAAGAGUAAAAGGAAGAAAGAGAGUAAGAGACAAGAGAGAAAAAGAGGAAGUAAGAGAGAAAGAAGAAGAGAGAGAGAAGGAAGAGAGAGAGAAGAGAGAAAGAGAGAGAAGAGAGAAAGAGGAAGAGAGAGAGAAAGAGAGAAGAGAAAAAGGAAAGAAGAGAAGAGAAAGAGAGAAAGACAGAAAGAAGAGAAGAAAAAAGAAGAGAGAAGAAGUAGAGAGAGAGAAAAGAGAGAAGAGAAGAGAGAGAAGAAGAGAAAGAAGAGGCGAAGAGAGAAGAAGAAGGAAGAGAGAGAGAGAAGCAGAAAAAAGGAGAAGAAGAGAGAGUAAGAUAAGGAGAGGAGGAGAGAAAAGAAGGAGAGAGAGAAGAAGAGAGAGGAAAAGCGAGAAAGAGAGCGAAGAGAAGAAAGAGAAGGACAGAGAAGAGGAAAGAGAAGAGAAGAGGAAAAGUAGAGAGAAGAAGGAGUAG